AUGGCAGGCAAGAAGAAAGAAGCAAGUCUGCAGGCGUCUGUCACAAACCAAGAGCAGUGGGAGGAGAUGCUUGCAACCAAAGGUUUAACAGUUGUAGACGUGUACCAACAGUGGUGUGGUCCCUGUCGAGCUGUGGUUAGUCUCCUGCGAAAAAUAAAGAAUGAACUCGGUGAUGAUCUAUUACAUUUCGCCACAGCCGAGGCAGAUAGCAUUGAUACUCUGGAGAAAUAUCGAGGGAAAUGUGAGCCCACCUUCCUUUUCUUUGGGGGCGGGGAGCUGCUGGCUGUGCUGCGAGGGGCCAAUGCUCCUCUCCUUCAGAGGAUGAUUGUAGAGGAACUGGCCAAGGAGAAGUUGGUCCUGGAGCAAGGUGGUGAACGCAAAGUGAUUAAAGAUGAUGGUCUGGUGGAUGAUGAGAAGAAAGAAGAGGAGAUGGCUCAGCAGGCAGAAAAUGAAAAAAGCAUAAUUGUUCCUGCCAGUAAGUCCUACACAGUUGCCAUCAUCAAACCAGAUGCUGUUGCUCACGGCAAGGCAAAUGAGAUCAUUAUGAAGAUUCAAGACGCUGGGUUUGAGAUCCUGGCCCACGAGGAAUGCACGCUGACUGAAAGUGAGGCUCAAGAUUUUUACCGACACAAAGCAGCAGAGGCUUGCUUUGAGGACUUGGUGCAGUUCAUGUCCAGCGGUCCGUCCCAUAUUCUGGUACUCUCUCAGGUUGAGGGCUCAGCCAAUGUUGUACCAGCAUGGCGUGAGUUCAUUGGCCCAGCAGACAUAGAAGAAGCCAGGAGAGAAAAACCAGAAAGCUUGCGGGCACAAUACGGCACACAGACACUGUUCAACGCAGUGCACGGUAGUGAGGACAUCGACCAGGCCAGCAGGGAGCUCGCCUUCUUCUUCCCCAACUUCAGGACGGCCUCGGUAACGGAGCAGGAUGGGGAGGAAGAGCGUGUGGAGAGGACACUGGCUCUUAUCCGGCCUGACGUUGCCAGAGAGAACAGAGAAGAAAUCCUGGCUCAAAUCCACAAGUCAGACUUCACUGUGGCUCUCCAAAAGGAGGUGAUGUUGACAGAGGAGCAAGUCAGACAGUUUUACUUCCAGCAUGUUGAGGAGGACUACUUCCCUGCACUGCUCCGGAACAUGACCAGUGGGCCAGUUCUAGCUUUGGCACUAGCCAGAACAGGAGCUGUUCAUCACUGGAAGAACAUCCUUGGUCCUGCUGACGUUAAUAAAGCCAGAGAGGAGAAUCCUGAAUGUCUAAGGGCCCAGUUUGCUGUGGAGAACGAGCCUAUCAACCAGCUACAUGGCAGUGCAAGCCAUGAAGAGGCAGAGCGAGAGAUCAGCUUCUUCUUCCCUAAAAAGCAAACACUGGCAGUGAUUAAACCUGAUGCUAUGGAGGAACACAGAGAAACGAUUUUGGAGGAGAUCCUUGGCAGCGGUUUCUCUGUAACGCAGCUGAAGGAGAUGGUGCUAUCAAGGCAGAUGGCUGAGGAGUUUUACAAAGAGCACAAAGAGAAACCUUUCUUCAGCCAGCUGGUGGAAUUCAUGUGUCGCGGGCCCUGUUUGAUGCUCAUCCUGACUAAAGAAGAUGCGGUGGAGGAGUGGAGGGCCAUGAUGGGUCCCACAGACCCUGACCAAGCUAAGAUGACCUCCCCAAACUCAUUGAGGGCCCGCUUUGCCUCUGACAUCCUCCACAACUCAGUCCACGGCUCCUCCAAUGAGCAGCAUGCGGAAGAGAAGAUCCGUUUUAUCUUUGGUGACAUCUGCUUAGACACAGAGCUCACCGGUGAUACUGACACAUCCAUUUUAGCGAAAGAAAAAGACAGUUCUGCAGAUAAAAACACAGGAAUGUCAAGAUCUACAACAGAAGAAAUUUCUGAUAGUCAUCAUCAUCAACAUGAAGGUGACCUACAUAAUUUAAGUCCUUGCAGUCCGCAGACUGGAGGAAGUGAUGAUCCAGAGCACUGAUUCCAGAAACUGAAUUAAUAACCACACUUGGUAGUUUCUCUU